AUGAGCCGUAGCCCCACCCCGCACGAACUCGAGUUCGCGGCCGUGUGCACGUUCCUCAACGAGCUGAGUCUCGACGAGAUCAUUCAGUGUGGCGGCGGACGAGACAGCGAAGUAGACGCUCUGCCGUCUGUGAACGCUGCAGAGACAGUCGUGCGGGGGUUCCGACUGACGUCCUACUUCCACUCGGACGAGAGCAACUGCAGCUGGGAGGACGACGACGAUGACGACCGGGACGACCUCGCGCGGGAGUGGGCCACUGCGGGCGUCACGUCGAGCGAAGGGAGCGACAGUGACGACCUCCACGAGCGCCACGCGCGCGCCGACUCGUUGGCCGCCUCGAAAGCGAAGCGGCUGCGGACCGAAUCGCAGCGAGAGCUUCAGCGGUCGUACGACCGCAAGUUCCGCACGAACAAACGGGCGCGUCGGCUCGCUGGGUGUGAGACGUUUAUUGCCGCACUGCAAGAGCUCACAGUGCUCAUGCAGUACCGCCUCGCGCGGACAGAGAACGAGCUCCACGUGCUCUGUCUCGCCAAGAAAAAAAAGAGAACGACUGUGUUGCUGAACGCGUCUGCGCGACGUCAACUGGAGCAAAAUCAAGGGGUCGUCCAGUGCAUUCAGUCGUGUACGUCGAGCUGGAGACAGGAAAAGAGUGGCGAGCUGGGCAAAUACUUUCUGCGGGACCAGGCCAAGAAGAUCCAGGGACUUGUGGACGAGCUGCUGGACCUCAGGAUGCAGCUGGACGACCGGACGGAGGAACUGCGGUGGCGCGUGGAAGAAGAGACAACUGGCGUGUGGGUGUGA